AUGUCAUAUACGAAGAAUAUCAAUAAGUUUAAUAUUAAAAACAAAAUAGAUGUAGACAAUAAGCCCCAGGGAAAUGAGGUUAAAGGCGAAAUGGAAGGUCUAGAAUCCUGUAUUUACGCCGUGACGGUUUCAAAGAAACCAUCCACAACGAAUGAUGGAGCUGGUUUUUGUUCUGGUCAAAGAUCGUUCAUCAGCAUUCACUCAACAGACCAGCCAUGUUUAGCGGAUGUUGAUACAGCUUCAAAUCUGGACGACUGCAAUGUGGAAGUGCUUAGUCUGAAUGAAGUGUUUCCAUCGACAUCAGAAGAGAGUUUGUCCAACGACGAUUCUCCCGUUCGAAGGAAAAAGAACGCCAAGAACAAAACUGUGCAAAAUGUACAGCCAGAUGACGCCGCGAAAUCGACUUACGUACCAACAAACAGCAAAUCCUCGACAGGAUCCAGACCAAAAGAAACACCAGAACGACAAGCCUCGGUCUACUCAGAUUAUGAUUUACCGAAAAAUACAUUACACGUUAUUGGAAGCAAUCCGGGUGAACCGAAAAUGUCGUAUACGGACCCACCUAAGAAAUUAUCAAAAACGAUGAAAAAGUUUCUCCGUAACAUGGAUAAGCACAAGUGUGACCAAUACAUGAAAAGCAGCGAGAAGGCGGUCAGUAAGUUGACUACGAUGAGAGGAAUCUUAAAAGACGGUCGUUGUGGGCCUGAGUGCACCGGAGAUUCCUCUGUUCAAGGUGUUGAAGAAUUCAACGAUGAAGCAACACUGCAAUACCAGGUCGAAUAUGACCCACGAACAAACUACACAAAACAGAAUCCUGACAAAAAUGUCACUUUUAACACUCAAGUAAUGAUAAUUCACUUUACCGGUGACCUAUGUGUUGGGCAGAGCGUUGAAGCUCUCAGUAAAGAGAAAGACCAACAAGCAAGAAAUUCUGAAUUGAGGAAAACAUUUCUUACAAAAUACAAUGAAUUUUGGCCAACAAAGAAGUAACACAUGGUCAUACUUAUUUCAGUUUGGU